AUGGAGAAUACGCUUGAUAAACGUUGCACAGAUACAACAGUUCUCAACCCAGCACUCUCGUUCUCCUGUGUUUCCCUGUUGUACAUCACGGAUUUGACAACGAAUAAUGUCGCUGAGUUCUUCAGAGGCAUCAGUAGGUCUUCUCUCGCUUUGAAUCGGAUUGCCACAUUUUGCACAGCUGAUGAACCUGCGGAGCAAAGGAAUCUCUUCAGCGACAGCUUACAAAAAAAAGGGACAGUAGAGCUCGAGAAAUGCUCCUUUACGUGGGGUAACACUGAAAAAGCAACCGACCAGCUUCACCUGAGGGAGAUCUCAAUGGAUGUGGAACCAGGCUCACUUAUCGGCAUUGUCGGCUUCGUGGGAAGUGGAAAGUCAUCGCUACUGUCCGCCAUUCUACGGAACAUGAAAAUGGUCGAUGGCACUAUGAUUACCUCCGGUUGCAUGGCCUACGUACCGCAAUUGCCCAACGUGCACAACAUGUCUAUAAUGGACAACAUCCUUUAUGGCAAGGAAAUGCGCCAAGAUAUCUAUGACCAGGUCUUGCGGGAAUGUCAAUUGCUAAGCGACUUGAGCAUCUUGCCUGCGGGUGAUAUGACGGAAGUGGGAGAAAAGGGAACAAAUCUGAGUGGUGGGCAAAAGCAGCGUAUCUCGAUUUCGCGUGCCGUGUACAGCGAGAGCGAUAUUUACCUGCUGGAUGACCCGCUAAGCGCUCUUGACUCUACUGUGGCCAAAAGCGUAUUCCAUGACGUGUUCGGUCCAUAUGGGAGCCUGAAGAAUAAGACGCGCAUUAUGGUGUGUAAUCAAGCGGCAUACCUGCAGUACAUGGAUAAGAUUGUAUUAGUGAAUCAAGGCUCUGCAAAAGUGUACGAUUCCAUCGAAGAGCUAUUAGAGGAUCCCGCCUCACCCGAAAACUUUCAACUCGCUUUGACGAAGUCCCGUCAUGCCGACGUCUCCAAGAGGAAAGGGCUCCAGACAGACAAUCAAUUCAGCACAGUCAUUCACUGGUUUGCUUUUGACAUUGACAAGGCUGGCCAAUCUGGCUGGGAGCUUCUCGGAGCCCUUAUCCGCUAUUCCGAAUGGCCUGCUUUAGCGGCCGUGAGUGUUCUGGCAGCGGCGGCAGUAACGUCCAGUCUGGAGCAGCUCUGGAUCAAGGCGUGGACAGAUGCGUCAACUACGGACCCCGAAAUGGUGGCCAUAUCGAGACACAUGUGGAUUGGGGGUCUCAUCGGCCUUUGCGUCCUGGAUGUGGGCUUCCGCUUGGCUGGUGGUGCGCUCCUGGCGGCCACAGCGCGCAAACUGUCCCACUCGCUUCACCGCGCCAUGCUAGCUGGCGUACUGCGGAGCCCCGUAUCUUUCUUCGAUGUUUGCCCCCGGGGACGCCUGCUCAACCGUUUCACGAGCGACCUGGACUACGUGGAUGCCGAGUGCUUCGUUUGCGGCAAGCAGUCCGUGCAGGGAGCGCUCCUCACUGCCGCCAAGGUGGCUGUUGUGGCCACGCAGGCGCCACUCGUGGUGGCCGUCACGUUGGUUUGUCUCGUGCUUCGUGUCUCUCGAAUUAACCUGGCCGUCCGAGCAUCCCAUACUUGUCGCUUUUUCGAAAGCGUGGCCACGUCCAGGCAAUUCCAGCACAUGACCGAGACGCUGGACGCCUUGAGCAGCGUGCGUGCUUACGGAGUUGUAGAGCGCUUCCGGUGUCACUUCUACCGGCUCACGGACGCCGUCGUCCGCGGUUACUCGGCCUACUGCGGCUGCUACAGCUUUACACGCACGCUUUCGUCUACCGGAGCGUUCGUGGUUCUCCUGGCCGCGUUGCUACUCAGCAUCACAGGCUCGGCUCCGCCAGAUCCGAGCAGCGUUGGUCUCACACUGAGCGCUGCAUCUUCGGUGAAGUAUGCUUGCUUCCUCCAUCGGAUGUCAUUGUGCAUGAUGAUGUUCACGACGCUCCAAAUGAUGGUGUCAUUCGAACGCUGCCUGGAGUAUAAAGAACUAGAUCCCGAGGCCGAAAACGCCACAACGUCUGAAAACUCCGGUGAUAUGGCUGGCUCAAAUAUUUCUUAUGUGUGGCCGUCACAUGGGAAGCUUGAGUUCCAGGGCUACUCAGGAUGCUACAGAGUCGGUGUAUCUCCUAACGUGCUAAACAACAUCACAUUUACCGUGAAUCCUAUGGAAAAGGUGGGUAUUGUCGGAAGAACUGGAGCGGGCAAGUCUUCCCUCGUGAUCGCUCUACUGCGGAUGCUCACACCUUCUCAAGGACGAAUUCUCAUCGAUGACGUCGAUAUCUCCGAUGUGCCACUGAAGAGGCUCCGCAACGCAAUAACAGUAAUACCGCAGGAUCCGAGCUUGGUGCGGGGCACUCUGAGAGUCAACCUCGACCCGACGGGGUCGCACGCAGACGAGCAACUGUGGGAGGCGCUGCAGCAGGCCCACCUGACAUCCAUGGUUGCGCGUCACACAGCUGGCUUGCAGAUGGAGACUGCAGAUGGAGGCACUAAUUUAAGCGUGGGUCAGCGGCAGCUCGUGUGCCUCGCACGCGCCCUUCUGCGGGGAUCCAGGAUCAUUCUGCUCGACGAGGCCACGUCACAGAUGGAUGGCGACACAGACAAGCUCAUACAGAGGACGCUGAGGGAGGCCUUCAGAGAGUGCAGCGUGCUGGCUAUCGCUCAUCGCAUACACACCGUGCUAGACUAUGACAGAAUACUCGUUUUAGAAGAUGGAAGAGUGAAGGAGUAUGGUACUCCAGCCACAUUGUUGUCCGAUUACAACUCUGGUUUUUACAAGAUGGCCGUGGAUGCAGGAAUCACCGCCUCCCUACCGCUCCUGCCGAGUGCUUCUACCAAGCUGUAAUCGAUAGUGAAAAAUAUAUGAAGUUUUCUCAUAAAAUGGGUGGAGGGAAGUCAGAACAGAUUUCUAGGACAAACUAUUCCUGAUAGGGUCGCUCAGUGACUAUUUUUUAUUUGCUGCCUUGCUUAGAAGCUUGCUGGUUCAGUUUCGCUCCCUGUUUUAUUUGUCACGCUCACCUUAGAAUCAUGUUUUUCCGUUAAUGCGACAAUAAUAAUCAGCAUAAUUGAUAACUUUUCGUGUGCACGAUGUAAAAAUCAAGAGUUUUAUGAACGUAGCCUAGGAGGCACGAAUAAAAUCAGACUGAUUGUAAUACAGACGUCGAAAAUGGUAUAGUCUGGUUGUUAUACAUGUUAUGACACAUACGCUAGCUGCAAAAAAAAACUCUGUGUUGUGUGUCGUCAAGCAGAAUUUGAUCAAAAACAGGAGAUAACGGAUUAU